UUUACUCAAGAAGGUUUUAGACAAAAGUUACUUCGUUGGAUAGUAACUGAUGACCAACCAUUUGUUGUUACUGAAGACCGAUCUUUUAGAGAGAUGCUGGCUGGUGUAUAUAUCAAUAUUCUAUCACAAGUUACUGUUCAUCAUGAUUUAUCAAAAAAAAUUAAAGAAUUGGUUUCUUUAGGAAAACUUCAUGCAAUUGGACUUGAUGAUGACGAUUACAUACUAGCAGAGGAAGAUACAAAAGAUGUGAUUGAUGGUUUAAACACAAAACCAAAUAUAAAGAAUGCAGCAGAAGCAGCUGCAGGAAGGUAA